AAUCGUGUCAAUGACGUCUCACAAUUCAAAACUUCAAAACUUUUAGAGUCGCCUUCUCCGUCUCCAAUUCCUGGCAUAGAAGAUCGGAAUUGUCUGGGUUUGAAUUAAAUCAUCAAGGCGGACAUUUGCGAAAUCGUGAAGGGUUAAAUGAAUUUGGGAGAUUUGAACAAGGUCUGGGAAAUUAAGGCAUUGAAGAAGAAGCCUAGAGGAGAUGAAGCAAGGAAGAUUCUGGAGAAGAUAGCUAAUCAGGUUCAGCCGAUUAUGAAUAGACGGAAAUGGCGUGUCAAGCUUCUCUCUGAAUUCUGCCCAACAAAUCCAAGGCUAUUGGGGGUGAAUGUAAAUAGAGGCGUGCAAGUGAAACUGAGGCUUCGGAGGGUAAACCAUGAUGAGGACUUCUUACCAUACCAUGAAAUUCUCGACACCAUGCUCCACGAGCUUUGCCACAACGCCCAUGGUCCCCAUAACGCAAGUUUUUAUAAGCUUUGGGAUGAACUGCGAAAGGAAUGCGAGGAGUUGAUUUCAAAGGGUAUAACAGGGACAGGGCAAGGAUUUGAUAUUCCUGGGAAGCGUUUGGGUGGAAUUUCUCGUCAGCCUCCCCUCACAUCUCUCCGAGCAACUGCAGCUACAGCAGCAGAAAAAAGAGUGCGUGCGAAUACUCUUUUACCCUCAGGACCUCAUCGUCUUGGUGGUGAUAGCAGCAUUAUGUCAGAUCUUAGUCCAAUUCAGGCUGCUGCAAUGGCUGCAGAAAGGCGUUUAUUUGAUGAUAUUUGGUGUGGUUCCCAAUCCACAGAGGGUUUUGAAGACGAAGACAAUGAUAGUGAAACUUGUAAGGAACCCCUUUCUGUAAGAGUAGAUUGCACAAGCUUAAAUGAAAAAUCAGCAAAAAGAUGUAGUAGCUGGUCUAAUGUCAGCUCUGGCCCUCAGUGUGGAUCAGAUGUCAUUGAUUUGACAGAGGAAUCUCCUGAAACAAGAUGUCCUAAAAGAAGUUGCAUCUCAGGCGAUCAAGGUCCUUCUUGCUCAAAAUAUGCACCAAACUCUGGUUUCAUGAAGUCGCCAGUAACUUUUUCGUCGACCAGCCACGAUGCAUACCACAACAGAGAAGAAUCUUCUAUGUGGGAGUGUGCAGAGUGCACCUUAUUGAACCCGUCAUUGGCUCCAAUAUGUGAGCUAUGCACUGCCUCAAAGCCAAAGGAAAAGGAGAUGAAUCACAAAGUCUGGUCUUGUAAAUUCUGCACUCUUGAAAACGAGGUGAAGUUAGAGAAAUGUGAGGCUUGCGGUCAGUGGAGAUACUCUUAUGGAGCACCAUUGUCGACGGGUGCUCCCAAUGUUGGCACUUGAGGGUGUAACAAGUCCUAUACAAGACUAAAAGUCGAACUCAUAGCGUUUUUGGUAGCCAACGAACAAAAUUCUCCAAGUUCUAUAAACUGAGUCCCAACUUGGGUUUGUGGCUGCGUUAUGUUAUGCAGAGUAGGCUUUUUAACUUUAUUAGGUGGAAGGUAUUUUUGAUUUUUCAAUAACUCAAACUAAAUUAGAUAAGUAAGCGCAAUGGUGACAAAAAAAUGGGAAAGGUUUCUCCUUUGAGUAACAUUUUGGAGGAAGCUGAAUGAAAAUGAAAUUGAUGGUGAUUUUGUAAUCCUGACGUUUUCAGCUUCAGAGGGUCUCUUUGUUCUCGUUACUUUCAUCUUUUAUCUAUUGCAGUUUCAGUUUCGAUUCCCUUAAACUACCGCUUUCCUCACCAAGUACUGAAACCUUAGACCUAUUGCCUAAAGUUUAUUGAGAAACUUUUCUCUGAGGCUUCUGAGCAGAUGGAACCAAAGCAAAAGCUUAAGGAUCAUAAUGCAUGGGUACCUGUUAUAAAGGAUUCAUGCAAGCAGAUAGUUUAUGCCGCUCGAAAUGCCAAUUCAAAGACAAUGGGAUCUUGUACCAUGCCAACCACGAAGCUCAUAUACAUGCAUGCUAAGUUUCAUUCUGAAACCAGGAGACACCAACGCAUGAUAUACAUUCUCUACCUGACAAUUCAAACUAUCGACUUGAUACAACUUGAUCUUCCUGCUGGUUUUGGAUGAAAAUAAAUUCAUAGGUAACAGUGGUAAAACUCCCAUUUCAUUGUUGUUGUGGAUUCCAUUAA